AUGGAAUACGCGCAGUAUCCCCAGCAGCAGAACGCCCAGCACGCGAUACAGACUUCGCCGAUCAUCGGAUCGCAGCAACCUCCCGGCGCCCAACCGCCUCAAGGCCACAACAUGUAUCAGCCGCAGUACGGUGUCCCCCAGCAGGGGAUGCAGCAGGUCCCUUACGGUAUGCCUGGCAUCCAGGCUGCCGCCAUGGCCGCGACGGCCGCCGCGUCGGGGACUAACUACCCCUACAUGCACUCAGACCCCAGCAUGUCGCAGACGUCGCCGCGGAUGGGGUCCAAGAAGGAGAAUCACCAGUCGCCGCGGAUGGGCAACAUGGGGCAUAUGCCGGACCGGCGCAUGAGCCAAGUGGCGAGUCCCCAGGGACCCAUGAUGAACCACCGACAGGGCGUGGCGCCGCCCCAGAUGCCGGCGGCGCAGAUGCAGCACCCGCAGUCGCCCGAGAUGGCGCCACCGGUCGAGGAGUCGCCACUGUACGUCAAUGCCAAGCAGUUCCAUCGCAUCCUCAAGAGGAGGGUAGCACGGCAACGCCUAGACGAACAGCUCCGGCUGACGUCCAAGGGUCGGAAACCGUACCUCCACGAGUCGCGACACAACCACGCCAUGCGGCGGCCCCGCGGUCCCGGAGGUCGCUUCCUGACCGCCGACGAGGUUGCAGCCAUGGAGAAGGACAAGGACAAGGAAGACAUCGGCGACGCCAAGAUUGACGACGGGGCCAGCACUGGCAGCAAGCGCAAGUCGGAGACUGACCCGUCCACCUCUUCCAAGAGGGCCAAGACCGAAGAGGAGAACCCGACUGGUGAGGAGGAGGGUUGA